AUGCCUCUGGCUAGGCAGCAAGGACCGUUUGCGGUGGGAGCCAUCGACCUCGAGGUUCCCGUGAGAGAGCCACGCUCCUUUGCGACGGACAUUGUCGAUCCCAGCCGUAUCAAUCGGCCAUCAAGUAAGUCGCGCAAGUCGAGGACGACAGCCGGCGGCUCGUCGAAACGGGCGUCUUCCUCACCAGAGCGAGGUCAGCAUGGCGAUUCGCGUAGCGCAAGUGACGAUGCGCCGAACGAGGGCAACGAUGGUCUGCCUCAAUGGUCACCUCUAGCACACGGCUCGAAGACAUCAACGCUGCACCUGUCGACUGUUCUCUUCACAGUCUACUACCCCUGUGCAGGCGAUGGAAAGGACCUAGACGACAACUAUCGACGCACAGCAUGGCUUGGUCGGCCGAAGCGCAAAGGCGUCAAGGCUCUCUUCUCCUAUCUCUCGCAGUACGGCAUCGCCGGACCCUUCGCAGCGGUGCCUGCCUCACCCGCGGUGGCUACCUUGCUUGCCGCAAAAAUGUGCGUCUGGGCAGGACCGGCUCUUGCAGAUCCUCAAGACCCGAGAGCUCGAGCACCACCGCCGCAGAAUCGACCUACCGUUGGGCUAUUCGGUCAUGAGCCCGCCUCUUUCCCCGUCAUCGUCUUCAGCCAUGGCUUGGCGGGCUCACGGCUUGCCUACUCGCAGUACUGCAGCGAGCUGGCAUCGCAGGGCAUUGUUGUUGCUGCGAUCGAGCACAGAGAUGGAUCCGGCAUCGCAUCGGUUGUACGGCCGCCCAUCUAUCCUCAACUGGCCCGUAAGGACCAGAGCGCCGAGAACGCGCAGCAGAGCAAGCAUUCGAGCAAGCCUUGGAAACGCGGUCACCCAAAGGCGGCUGUGCCUUACUUUACAUUCGAGGCAGUCGGACUCCGUAGCUUUCCUACGGACCCGAGCGAGCGGGAGGUUGGCAUGAGGCAGGCUCAGCUGGCCAUGCGCUGCGCCGAAAUCGAGGAAUGCCUUCACGUACUCAAGAGGAUAGCAGAAGGCGAUGGCGCUGCAGUCGCGAAGGAGAGCACUCGCUCAUUGACGUCAAAAUUAGGCGGGCGACCUCAUACGAGAAAAGGUUUACCGGGCAGCCUGCUAGAAGACGAGUCCAACCUCAAAUGCUGGGCAGGCAAAAUUGACGUCGACUACCCAGCGCUAGCCGGUCACUCUUUCGGCGGAGCAACAGCGCUCGAACUGCUUCGAGGGCCAGACCCUCCGUUUCCCUUUGCGAUGAUCCUUGACCCCUGGGUUGAGCCGCUCAUCAUCGACGACUCUGAGCCACGGCCGCUUCGCGCGCCAGUCUAUGUCAUGAACAGCGAAUCCUUCACUCUGUGGGGCUCGCACUUCGACAAAGUCAAACGUCUAGCCGGUGACGCACAGCAUGCCAAUCGCGAGAAUCGUGGCUGGCUCAUGACGCUUGCGGGCUCGGAGCACCUCAGCUUCAGUGACUAUCCGCUACUGCUGCCAAGGAUCUUCAGAACAACCAUCUCGCCACGGAGCGCUAUCGAGAUCUACACUCGGGCAACUCUGGUGCAGGUUGGACUAUUGAGGCAGCGAUACAGAGAGAGGGCUGAUCAGCCGGGCAUCAAG